AUGUCAAGCUCCUGUAUCUCCCUCUCCGGAUCCAGCGCCUGUCCCGCGUGGAGUGGAUCGUCAGUAUCGACUAAUUCUACGUUAUAUGGGAGCUUCCCAUUUCUCAAAGGCAUAUCCAACCUGACAGAGUUCGAUGAUUCACUGAAGAAUUAUGUCUCUGGCUCAUAUGUGGACACAAAAUAUGAUGAUUUACUAGGAUGUGAAGGACUCAAUUCGAGUGCAACCGAUGACUACUACGCGCAGUACACCAUAAGUGUGAUGUGCAGCAGUGUGAUACAGAGCUCCAUUUCCGACUGCGAUCUCUCGACAGAUGACUCAUUACCGAUUUGCGUGGACACAUGCGCCCUUUGGGCGCGAAGUGAGGAGGAAACCAUGGUGAACACAGACUUGUGCAGUAGUUCCAGCAAAGACUACACGAGUCAGAUUUAUUCCGACCUAGUCAUCUGCGAGAAACCAUCAAAAGCCCUCUCGGGAGAUUGCAUAGAGGGAGCCGCGAACGAGCCCGAUAACUGUGGAUUUGGGUCAAACACCAUUGGACUUUGCACCUACUGUGCGAACGACAGCAACACCUGCUGCGAGAAAUCCAACUCUACCAGUCGCUGUGAUGGCGUUGCGGUCCCAACUUCCACUUUGCCGCCACUCACGCCAUCCUCGUCCGCUUCUUCAACUGCAGCCGCGGCUGCCAGCCAUGGCUUGUCGGGUGGUGCGAUUGCUGGAAUCGUAAUUGGCUCUGUUGCCGGUGCAGCAAUCCUAAUCGCUUUACUCGCCUUCCUUUGCAUCUUCAUGCGCCGCCGUCGCAGAGAGGACAAGACCGAAGGCGCAUUGAAUCAACCGAACCCCCAAAGGAAGGGCGGCUCGCCAUCAAUGCAGCAGCCUCCCAGCCCGACGUCGUACAACAUGGUUCCCGGAGGCCGUGUUACGCGAAUGUCUGCUCUGCGCGAAAUGCCCAGCUCGUCGCCCGCCUAUUCGCGAACUUCCGCCGCGAUGUAUGGCGGCGCAGCCAAGUACAGCGACACGUCGUCAGAAGGCAUGCGCUCCAGCCCAGGAGCUAUGCACAAGAGCAUUCCUCCUGUGGCCGGCAAGCGCCACGGUUCGCUUUCAAGUAGUUCCGUUCUGGCUGGAAUGGAGAGUGACAGCUCUCCUCGUUCCGGCCCCACAAACCAGUACUCCUCUCCUGAACAAGUAACGAGUGGUCAAUCCGAACAGCUCUCAUACUUCCGCGAUUACUACUCUCAAGACGAAAUUCAAGCUGGCGACAAGGUUGCUGUGCUUUGGGCUUACUCGCCCAGGGCAGGCGACGAGUUUGAGCUUGAUCGAGGAGAGAUGCUGAGAGUAAUCGGUAUUUGGGACGACGGCUGGGCGACAGGAGUGCGUCUCACCGAGCGUGCCGAGGACUAUGAUGUCCAUCACCGUGAACAGCGCGACAGUGGUGUCUCGAGUGGCACUCGUAUGCAAGGCGCUUCCUCUCCAAUGCCGUCAGGCGAGAUCAAGGCAUUCCCCUUGGUCUGCAUCUGUCUGCCGCAACACUGGCACAAAAUCAUCGACGGUGGCCAGGAAGACGAAGAAGUUUGA